AACUAAACUAAAUAGAUCACGCCUUCAGUUUUGCUGAAGAAGUGACCCGUUGCUGAGACUGAAUUGCACAAGUCCCAUAACCUCGUUCUUCUCGUUCCAGCUGUGGUGGAGGCCUGCCUGCUGUACCUGCUGAAGCGACGGGCGGCCGGCUUUCUGCGAAGCGAUAAAGUAGCCGCGCUCUUCACCAAGGUCGGCAAAAUCUACCCUGUGGCCGGAGAUCUGUGCGCAAAGGUUCAAGAACUGCAGCAGCAGACGGAUAACAAGAAGAAACCCUCAAAUGGACAGGAAUCUCUGAAGAGGCAGGGAUCGCUAUCCAAGCCCCCACCCCUUACUCCUCAAGCCAUCAAGCAUAUCUGGGUGCGAACAGCCUUGUUUGAGAAGGUCCUGGAUAAGAUCGUUCAAUACAUCGUUGAUAACUCCAGUAAAUAUUACGAGAAGCAAGCUUUGAUAGCAGAUCCAGUCUGUGGACCAAUCCUAGCUUCUCUGCUCGUUGGCCCCUGUGCUCUAGAGUAUACAAAACUUAAAACAGCUGACCACUACUGGACAGACCCAUCGGCCGAUGAGCUGGUUCAGAGGCACCGGAUACACUGCGCACAUGGCCCCCAGGAUUCCCCGUCUAAACGGCCGGCACUUGGUAUUAGGAAGCGUCAAUCGAGUGGAAGUAUGUCGGAAGACAAGUUUGCAGCUUCGGCACGGGAAUAUGUGGAGUCAUUGCAUCAAAAUUCCAGAACACAUCUACUGUACGGAAAAAACAACGUGCUUGUCCAGCCAAAGGAGGAUGUGGAGACGGUUCCAGGGUAUCUGUCCCUUCACCAGUCAGCAGACCACUUAACGCUGAAGUGGACUCCUAAUCAACUCAUGAAUGGAACCCUUGGGGAUUCUGAGCUGGAGAAGAGUGUCUACUGGGAUUAUGCCUUAACAGUGCCGUUACAUCAGAUAGUCUGUAUCCAUUGCCAUCAACAGCCUGACAGUGGCGAUACCUUGGUGUUGGUGAGCCAGGAUGGCAUCCAGAGACCUCCACUCCACUUCCCGCAGGGUGGGCACCUAUUAGCCUUCCUCUCCUGCCUUGAGAACGGCCUGUUACCACGGGGGCAACUCGAUCCACCACUGUGGUCACAGCGAGGGAAGGGUAAAGUGUUUCCAAAACUGCGAAAAAGGAACAGCAGAGCCAAGUCCAUAGACCAAGAGGAACCGAGGGUGGAAGAAGUAGCUACCGAUUACGUGUUCAGAAUCAUAUAUAACGGACAGAAGAAUGACUAUGAUCCUAGUGAGUUGCUGGUGAUGCACGGGUGCAGUGGCACCCAGUUCCCUUGGCAGCUGGGAGAUGCGUGUAACCAUGGCUCCCCCUGCCUCUCCUGCUCCAGCAGUGGUUCUCCUUACGACGUUCCCAUCCGCUGCUCCUGUGGCAACGACAGGACCCCGUUGAAGAUGCUUUGUGAGAACAUGAAGAGGCAAAUCGUUUCAAGGGCAUUUUAUGGAUGGCUGGCUUACUGCCGACACCUAUCGACUGUCCGCACACAUCUAUCAGCUCUCGUGAACCACACCAUUGUCCCAUCCAACAAGCCGUCGGAAGCCUCAGGUGGACUGACUGCAGAGGUCUGGAAUAAGUAUGAGAAGGAUAGAAAGAAUUACAAAAAGUUGGAGCUGCUGAGAAUGGUUUACUAUGGAGGAGUCCAGCAUGAAAUAAGGAAAGAUGUCUGGCCUUUUCUUCUGGGACACUACAAGUUUGGGAUGAGCAAGCAGGAUAUGGACCAGGUGGAUGAAGAUAUAGCUGCCAAGUACAGAUAUGUGAUGUCGGAGUGGAAGGCUUGUGAACUGGUGGUCAAGCAGAGGGACAGGGAAACGCACUCCGCCAUCUUAGCCAAGUUGUCAUCGGGCAGCAGCAUAGACAGCCACGUGCAGCACCUGAUUCACCGCGAUUCCACCAUCAGCAACGAUGUCUUCAUUUCAGUUGAUGAAGGGGACCUGGGAGAAAAAGCCUUUAAGAUGGCGGACGAAGCAAGAACGAUCGUCAACGUCGACGCCCCUGCCGCAGUGGUCGAAGAGAGACCGUCGAUAGAGUUUGACUCCCCCGACUCUGGGCUCCCUUCUUCACGAAACUACUCCGUCGCCUCGGGCCAUUCCCGCAUCCUUUCGAGUACCGACGACCAAAGUUUGUGCAUGGAAGAAGGUGUACUGGAGGAAGAAGCUCAAACGGAACUAGGCAGGGUGGCGGAACGAGCUCGUGACGUUAGUGCGCCCGGUUCUGGAAGGAGAGAAGCACUGCAACAGGCCGGAGCCCAGGAUUCAUUGUGUGAAGAACAGCUGAGUACUCAGUUAGAUCUGAUCCUCUCCGAGAAGGGCAGCUCGUCGUUACCAAGCAUGACAUAUACGACAGAACUGAUGGAUGCCGUCUCAUUAAAUUGGCACCGGAUUGAUAAAGAUGUACAACGCUGCGAUAGAAAUUAUUUGUAUUUUACUACAAUCAACCUUGAAAGACUAAAGAGUAUAAUGUGCAGCUAUGUGUGGGAGCACCUGGAGGUAGGCUACGUCCAGGGGAUGUGCGACCUCUUGGCACCACUAAUGGUGAUUAUGGACAGUGAACCCCUGGCUUACAGCUGCUUCACUCAGCUGAUGAAGAGGAUGAAUCAGAACUUCCCAAACGGAGGUGCCAUGGACACUCACUUUGCCAACAUGAGAUCCUUAAUACAGAUUUUGGACUCCGAGCUCUUUGAGCUGAUGCACCAGAAUGGAGACUACACCCACUUCUACUUCUGCUACCGAUGGUUCCUCCUGGAUUUUAAAAGAGAGCUCUUGUAUGAAGACGUCUUUGCCGUGUGGGAGGUUAUCUGGGCAGCGAAGCACAUCUCUUCAGAACACUUUGUCCUGUUCAUUGCCUUAGCGCUGGUGGAGGUGUAUCGCGAGAUCAUCAGAGACAACAACAUGGACUUCACAGACAUUAUAAAGUUCUUCAAUGAAAUGGCGGAGCGUCACGACACGCAGCAGAUCCUGAGGAUUGCGCGCGAGCUGGUCUACAAGGUGCAGACGCUGAUCGAGAACAAGUGACGGAGCCGCGGGGCAGCUAGGAAGGCCCACAGACACACUCGACGCCCGCCCUCCAAGUGCUAACGGGAGGCCCGCCCCACCUCUCCCUCUGUGCUGCGCUGGCUCUCCGCCCCCCGCUGCACUCGAAGCAUGCCAGUGCAAGGGAACGAGUCGACCACAUCUUCCCAACCUCAAGAUGCUGCACAGUGAGCAGAACCCGCACGGCUUUAAUACGGAGGCGAAGAAUUAGCCCAAAGAAAGUUGCGCUAAUCUUUAUUCCCCCCCCAAACAAUCAUCAGUCACAUUUUAGUGAUGCUUUAAUGUAGUUGAU